AAGUACGCUGCUCAACCCUGCCUGAACUUUCCCCGAAAACACAGCUCGCUGACAGAGCGGCAUCCCUGCUGGGUGGAUCCUGCAACUCCUAGAGGGAAUGGCACUUCUUGUUUUUAAUUAGCAAGGUGAAAGGUGAAUUAAAACUAGCUGUUUGGCAAGUCAGUGCAAGAGGCUGACUUCUGAGAGGCUAGAACGAGCCAGAAGAGAACAGGAGCUCCACGGGGGAAGGCAGUGGGUGUACUGGGGUGGUUGUUUUUUUCUGAAUGAACCGCUUGCAGAAGUGACUAAAAAAAAAAAUACAGUUUCUUCCUGAAUCCACCGGCAUAGUGACUGAAGAGAGCUCUAGACAGGACAUGGCUCUGAAGACUCCCUCCUUGGAAUGUCCUCUUGCUCCCGGCUUAUAAACAACUGUCCUGGGGAAAGGCAGGUUUUACGUAUCCAAAUACAGCCUGACAAAUGGCACUUUGGAACUGUGCUUUCUGAUGACAACGCGUUCGAUUUCUGACAAAGCCUCUCUCGCACGCUGCCCCCGGAGGGGAGUCCUAAGUAAAACUCACCCCGCCUGAAAGUGAGGAUCGCUGGCGGCAGGCAGGCAGCAUGGCAUCUGCCGGGUACCUCAUCACCUGGCUCCUGUGGGGCUACUUGCUGGAGCUCUGGACAGGAGGUCACACAGCUGACACCCCGCACCCCCGCUUACGCCUGUCACAUAAAGAACUCUUGGAUCUAAACAGAACAUCAGUCUUUCAUAGCCCUUUUGGAUUUCUUGAUCUCCAGACAAUGCUGCUGGAUGAAUAUCAAGAGAGACUCUUCGUGGGAGGCAAGGAUCUUGUGUAUUCCCUCAGCUUAGAACACAUCAGCAGUGACUAUAGAGAGAUACACUGGCCAAGCACAGCAGUAAAAACAGAAGAAUGCAUAAUGAAAGGAAAAGAUGCCAGUGAGUGUGCAAAUUAUGUUCGGGUUUUGCAUCACUAUAAUAGGACGCACCUUCUGACCUGCGGUACUGGAGCUUUUGACCCACUUUGUGCCUUCAUCAGAGUUGGAUACCAUUUAGAGGAUCCCCUUUUUCACCUGGAAUCGCACAGAUCUGAGAGAGGAAGGGGCAGAUGUCCUUUUGAUGCCAACUCCUCAUUCAUCUCCACUUUAAUUGGUAGUGAAUUGUUUUCUGGACUCUACAGUGACUACUGGGGCAGAGACGCUGCCAUUUUUAGGAGCCUGGGGCGACUGGCUCAUAUCCGCACUGAGCACGAUGACGAGCGCCUGUUGAAAGAACCAAAAUUUGUAGGUUCGUACAUGAUCCCUGACAAUGAAGACCGAGAUGACAACAAAGUGUAUUUCUUUUUUACGGAGAAGGCCCUGGAGGCAGAAAACAAUGCCCAGGCAAUUUACACCAGAGUGGGGCGACUCUGCGUGAACGAUGUAGGAGGACAGAGAAUACUAGUGAACAAGUGGAGCACUUUCCUGAAAGCUAGACUGGUUUGCUCAGUACCAGGAAUGAAUGGAAUUGAUACAUAUUUUGAUGAAUUAGAGGAUGUUUUUUUGCUGCAUACCAGAGAUCAUAAGAACCCAGUGAUAUUUGGACUCUUCAACACUACCAGUAAUAUAUUUAGAGGGCAUGCUAUAUGUGUCUAUCACAUGUCCAGUAUCCGGGCAGCCUUUAAUGGACCAUAUGCACAUAAGGAAGGACCUGAAUACCACUGGUCACUCUAUGAAGGAAAAGUCCCUUAUCCAAGACCUGGUUCUUGUGCCAGCAAAGUGAAUGGAGGGAGGUACGGAACCACCAAAGACUACCCUGAUGAUGCCAUCAGAUUUUCAAGAAGCCAUCCACUUAUGUACCAGCCCAUAAAACCUGCCCAUAAAAAACCAAUACUGGUGAAAACAGAUGGAAAGUAUAACCUGAAGCAAAUAGCAGUGGAUCGAGUGGAAGCCGAGGAUGGCCAAUAUGAUGUCUUGUUCAUUGGGACAGAUAAUGGAAUCGUGCUGAAAGUAAUCACGAUUUAUAACCAAGAAACAGAAUCAAUGGAAGAAGUAAUUCUAGAAGAACUUCAGAUAUUCAAGGAUCCAGUUCCUAUUAUUUCUAUGGAGAUUUCAUCAAAGAGACAACAGCUCUAUAUUGGAUCUGCUUCUGCCAUGGCCCAAGUCAGAUUCCAUCAGUGUGACAUGUAUGGAAGUGCUUGUGCAGACUGCUGCUUGGCUCGAGACCCUUACUGCGCCUGGGAUGGCAUAUCCUGCUCCCGGUAUUACCCAACAAGCACACAUGCAAAACGGCGAUUCCGCAGACAAGAUGUUCGGCAUGGAAAUGCAGCUCAGCAGUGCUUUGGACAGCAGUUUGUCGGGGAUGUUUUGGAUAAGACUGAGGAGCGAUUGGCCUAUGGCAUAGAGAACAACAGUACUUUGCUGGAAUGUACCCCGCGAUCUUUACAAGCAAAAGUUAUCUGGUUUGUGCAGAAAGGACACGACACAAGAAAAGAGGAGGUGAAGACAGAUGACAGAAUGGUUAAGAUGGACCUCGGUUUACUCUUCCUAAGGGUACGCAAAGUGGAUGCUGGGACCUAUUUUUGCCAGACAGUAGAACAUAGUUUUGUCCAUACAAUCCGUAAAAUCACCCUGGAGGUUGUGGAAGAGGAGAGAGUGGAGGAAAUGUUUAACAAAGACUACGAAGAGGACGGGCCUCACAAGAUGCCUUGUCCUGCUCAGAGCAGCACCCCACAUGGAACAAAACCCUGGUACAAGGAAUUCUUGCAGCUGAUUGGUUAUAGCAACUUCCAGAGAGUAGAAGAAUACUGUGAAAAGGUAUGGUGCACGGAUAAAAAGAGAAGAAAGCUUAAAAUGUCCCCUUCCAAGUGGAAGUAUGCCAACCCACAAGAAAGGAAGCUCCGUCCCAAAGCCGAGCACUAUCGCCUGCCUAGGCAUGUGCUGGACUCCUGAUGGGGCGAAACCAUCUACUGGCUUCUGAAGAAUUUAUAUUUAGAAACUAAAAAAAAAAAAAAAAAAAGAGAAAAAGAAACCAUCCACCUUCUUUGCAUUACUUAAAAGAGAUUUCUGUAAUACAGAAAGGGACUAUAAAGGUGUUAUGAUAAAUUAUUCUAUAUACUCAUUUGACUGGUUGAACCUUACAUAAAAUUAACUAAUUUUUUAAAAACAAUGUAUUGCUCGAUGAUUUCACAUUAUAUUUAUCAAAAGGUGACCAUAGCUGUAGCUUUGAGUACUUGGCUGCUUUUCCAUGGCAAUUAUUAUUUUACCCUGGGAAGACUUAAGAUUAUUGCAAUAUUGCUGAAAAAUUAGAGAUUUUCAUAAUCAUGGCAAAAAUAAAUGUUUUAUUCCUUCUGAAUUUUGCCUUUCCACCACGAUGUAAAAUAUAUAGAAUAUCAGAUACUUUAACAUUCUCAUGUGAACCAUCUGUAGUCUUUAAGAAUUAUUGUGUUAGUGUUGUCUAAGCCAUGAGCUUUAUGAAGCAGGUAUGUCAUAAUUAUCGUAAACCAUGAAGGAAAAAUUGUGGUCACCUUGAGGCUUGUGCUUUUCAUAAAACAUUCAUUAAACCAUAUUCACAAUAGUUCUGUUUCAGGAUGAAAACACAUUCUUUCAAUUUCACUCCAGUGCAGAAAGAAGAAAGUUAAGGUAACUUCUCAGAAAAACAGCAAAAUGUGUCAGAACAGCUGCAGUGACAGACUCUAACUGAAAACAUUUUUGCUGCCCUCUUGUGGUAGAAAAGGUAUAUUCUCAUAUCUUUUUUUUAAUUCUAUGGUUUGUCCAGUAAAGAUCUGAAACCAGUUUCUCAGUAACUAUAUCUAGCUCAUUUUCAGAAAAAAAAAACUAACUGAAGUAAAAAUGUGUUAAUGCUUAUAUCAUGUUUUAAAGUGGAGAUAAUAUGUUUAUUAUUACCUCACAAGCCCAAAAUGAAGAUAUUACGGCACUGAAGCUCUAUUAAAACUUAAAUUUUAUGCCUUCUAAAUAAUCUUCCAUGAAAUCUAAAAGAUAUUCCAGAAACAUGUUUUAUUAUUUUAAAAAAAGUAAAGCAUUCUGUUCUCAGAUAUCAAAAUUUCCUUUCAGUUUUAUAUUAACAAAUAGGAAAAUUGUUUCAUGAGGUUCACUUAAUUACUGAGAUGUU